AUAUUUCAUAGAUUUUAUAAAAAACAGUGGAAGUGGUUUUUACUUUUUUCUUGAAAUAUUUUAGCAUUUUAGAAUGGAAUGGCUUUUAAAUGAUUCUUAUUAAAUAUAAUAUGAUGAAAAUUAUGUAGCUGUAUUAAAGUUUUUCUUGGAAGUAUAUGAAGUAAACAACUAAGCAUUUGAAAAGCAAGUGAAGUGCAAUAUCUAUAUUGUAAAAAAGUUGACCUGUUUAAGUACCAGAGGGGUGAAAUCAUAAUGGAUUUAGCAGAAACCAUGAAAAACGUUUUAGCGAAAGGCAUUCAACAAGCAUCAGUUAAUGAUUUACCAACAUCAACAAGUGUGGGUUUUGCUGCUAGUGCAGGAUAUGUUACAGAAAAGUUAUACAUGCUUUUACAACUUUAUUUGCAAAAUAAGGGCUGGAACCCUUCUGUUGAAUUGCUUCAAUGUUUCACAGAACUAAAAGAAUCUUCGAUGCUUCCCAGUGCUGCAUAUUUACAAAUGAUGUCAUCCCGUGUAACACUAGAUUCUCAAGGAAGGUUAAUUUUAAGAGAAAAUGGAAAGAUAAUUCUGCCUUUUGAACACUUUGCAAAUGCAGUAAUGCUGAAGCAUAUGAAUGGCCCUCAUGGUUUACAUUUAGGUUUGGAGGCAACAGUGAGAGCUGUGAUGGAAUCUUAUACUAUAGGAAGAGAAAACUUUGGUAUGGAAAAGGAGUUUAUAAUAGAAGUUGUUCAGAAUUGUCCAAAUCCUGCCUGCCGUUAUUACAAAAACCAGAUGGAGUUAACUCAAAAGACAAUGCAACAUUUGGCAGGUGCUCCUACAUAUUUACCUGAGUCUCAGAACAACAGCGCCGAUUUGCGCAAUGCCAAUUUUUCUCCUGAAUUUCCCAUGCCCAUUCCACCUCCAAAUUUAAAUUCACAUAUGGGUAUGGGAUCUGUUGAUAUGGCUGGUCCAAAUAAUUUAGAUAAAGGUAGCAUUGAGAGACCAAAAUCUGUAGCUCCAAGUCAACAACAAUUGACAGCAGCUUUGAUUCAACAACAAAAUAGGGUCAUUGCACAACAAAAUUUAGAUAAAUUGAAUGCAAAUCUUGAGAAACAGAGACAACAAAUGCAGCUCCAACAGCACAUUGAUAUGGCAAAGAACCAGCAGAAACAGCAUUAUGAAUUACCACCUGUUGACCCCAAACUGAGUGAUUUUUUAAGAGCUAAUUUAGAUAAUCUUGAAGGUUUCUCAUCAGCAAAUAAAGAUUUAUUGGCGUUACACAAUGGAGCGUGGUCGAAUUCUAACGUAAAUUCUGGAAAUGACGAAAAACGGUCAUCAUCAGGUAGUGAAGUAGGACAAGAGAAAAUUGUUAGAGCAUUUGCUGAGGUAAUGAAAAAUAUGCAAAGAAUGAAGACAUAUGUUCGUCCAGCAAUGUGCAAACCCUAUGGAAAACAAUCUGAAGCAUUGCAGAAAACAUUAAUGGAUACAAUUCAACUAAUUCAGUCAUUACGAAGUUUUUUACCACCUCCUCAUAUUCAAGUAAGUUCAUGGAAGAAUGAGGAUAAACACCGUUUUGAGGAAACCUAAUUUUCAUCCUACAAAUACAUAUGCUUGUACUAUAUAUAAGUACAAUUUUAUAAUCUCUGUAUCGAAAACCGUACUGCAUCAGUAGAACCAGUUUUCUUUGUA